AUGAAACGCACCAUGCAACCCGACGGUCCGCGCUGCGCAUGGCGGCGCCUGCAGCCGCUGUUGCUCAUGGCCGUUGGCACACCGUUCCUGGCCUUUUGCAGUGAGCCAGUGCUGGCCUCCCAUGUAGAGCGUGCGAUCCCUCGACGUGCCAGUGGUGGUGUGGAGGUGUCGGGCGACUCAGAGAUGCUGAAGAAGCUUAAGGAGUGGAAGAAGACCCGAGGAGCUGCGUCCAAAGGCUUCGAGAAAGCGAAGGCCCCUGCGCCAGAGCCUGCACCAGAGCCACCGGCGCCGGAGCCGGAGCCAAGGCUGCCCGGUGCGCUGCAGGCAGUGUCCGAGCUGUUGCAGAGCACCGGGCCCUACGACCUGGUCGAGCCCUUCCUCACGGUUGAGCUCUUUGGCAUGACCACCGCAGGCGGUCUGAUCACAGAUCGCUAUGGAGUCCCACAAUACAGUGGGGAAGCUGAGCUCUUUGAAGAGUAUGAAGAGCGGGCUUGGGAUCUUUUUCAUGGAAGAGAAGGCACUGACGGCCUCCAGAUCGCAACGCCAGUUCACUUGAGGGCUGGCCUCACUGGUGCUGCAUACGAGUCGGUCCGCAAGCUGGAACACGGCAAGUUGAAGACCAAGAACAGCGACGGCAAGGCGACCGACGUUGGCAUGAACCUCCUCCUGUCCACCUUGAAGGAUUCGAUAGCAGCUGAACUCCCAGUGAAGACAAGUGAACUCUUCUUUCAGGCCUUCUACAGCACCAGCGUGUGGAGAAAGAACUAUGAGACCAUGCAACAGUACAUCGUACGCCGUGAGCAAGACUUCAAGCGCCUCGAGGACAACAGCCCCGGCACGCAGGUCUCAGAGCAGGUCAGAGCCAUGAUGCUUUUGUGCUUUGGAGGCCUCGAUCCAAAAGAACAGACCUCCGUGCUCAGCUCCUGCAACAACACCUACGAGUUCCAGAAGAUUGCACACGCCAUGCGGAUCCAAUUUCCCAAUGCCGCUGGGAAGCCCGUUCACCGUCGUGACUACCUUGGAGCACGACAGCAAGGUGGCCCUCCAACUCAGCAGGUUCGCAUGCAAUGGAAGCAGAAGUUCAGUGGUAAGACCCGGCAAGUCCUGGCUGCUGAGGACUAUGAACCUGAGCCUGCCGAGUAUGACGAUGAUGUCUACAUCGAGGAAGGCCACGAUGAAGAGUAUGAAGAUGGUCCCACCGACGAGGCCUACGCUGGCUAUUCCGAUGACGAGCUCAUGGACGUCCUCUUGAGCGACUUCCCAGACCUUUCAGAAGAUCCUGCCACCGCUGAGGCCUUCGCCACUGUGGCCCAGCAUCGCUUCAAGAAGAAGAAGUUCAUGUCUGGCAAGUCCUCUACUCCAAGCUCUCCCAGCCAGCAAGCAUUUGGCUUUCAGGCUCGCGGUGAAAUGAGCUUCUCCGAGAAGGCUAAGGACCAGAGAAAGUCUGCAGUCCGCUUCCUGAAGUCCGUCACCCCGUGCACUGCCUGCCAACAGAAAGGCCACUGGGCAGGUGAUCCAGAGUGUCCUGUGAAGAAAGGAAAAGGCCGCGGAAAGUCAUCGGCACCUUCAGCAAAGAAGAAAGGCCAACCUCCGAAGAGGAAGUCUCCGGCCACUACUCUGCUCGCCCUUCAUGAAGCGGAACCUGAUCACCAAGAUCAUGAUGUGUCCGAUGCUGCAAUGGUUGAGUCUCCGACUGCAGAGGUCGAGGAGUGCUACGUGACUGACAACCUCAUCACUCCUGAGAAUGUCAAGGCCUCUGUGUAUCGGUACGACCCAAUCAACCUCAACGGCACUGGCACUUCAGAUGGGCAAGAUGUGUCUCAUGGGAUCUACACCAUGGCAGCCUAUGUUGUGAACGACCUCAACUGCCAGCAGCUGCCGGAUCCUACUCCUGAGCACCUUUGCAGGCGGAAGCGAGUGGCUUUCCGCCACAUCUGUGAUGCUUCAGAGACCCAUGGUUCUGCUGAGUCCUUCAUGGCCUUGAACUGUCCCAAACUUUGUGAGCACUCCUCCUACCGUGGUGGUGAUGAGCGAAAACUUCAUCGCGGCGCCAAUGGCCACACCAGACACGUCACCUGCAAGGAGCGUGGCUGCGACCGCACGAUCAUCAUCGGCCAUCGAAAGGAGCCAAUCGAGAUGUGGUCCUAUCUGGUCCAAAUUCUCCUGUGCACGAAGUGGGGCGCAUCUGAAAGAUCAGCAGGCCUGUUUCGUCGAGUUUGUCAGGUGAGAGAAGAACAUCAAGCACUACAAGAUCAAGCACCUCUCGCUGGCUAUCCGAAGAAGGCAUCUCAGCCUGCAACUCCGCAGAAGACACAAGGUCCCAUCAAGAACCUCUCCAUAGCAAGCGCGACUCCUGAUGGUUGGGACGUGGUCCUCUCAGGGAACUCUACACCGUCUCCGGUCGCUUCAGGACCUUCUUCAUCGUCCAAGCACCCACCAACGGCACGAAUUGUGCGAGCCUCAAGGCAGCGAGUCUGGCUCUAUGGUGUGCUGAUCAGUCCUGAUCAAGAUCUACCAGACUUCCCUGACCUUCCUUCCGAGGACAUGGACAUCCUCCAACCUCUACCAAGCGAUUGUGAGUUGAUCAAUGAUGGAAGCCCGUUUCAGGGUCAUCGCUUCGACGUCGUCUCCUCCGACCCGCAGGCCGAGCACUACUGCAAGCAGGUGAUGACUCAUGCUCUCGCCAAUGAACCGAUGUCACCAGAGAUCUUCCGCUUCGCCUUCUAUCUCUAUGGCCGCCUGCGCCUGGUGCGCGCUUCAGCUGAGAGAAUCACCAAACCUUCAAAGGAAGAGGGCGAGUCCAAAGGCAAGCGCGAGAUCGACAAGAGCCCUAUGGAACCUGUCAGAAAGCUUUGGGCUCCCAUCCAGUAUGACAUCGAUGAUCCCAACUCAGUGCACCUGCAUGAAUGUGAGGUCAUGAUGACCGUGCUGCCCGAGGAGGAGGAGAGCUAUGCCCUGUCUGCUGAUGAUCCACCUGGCUUGGCAAUCCUUGAUUCUGGCUGCACCCGGACUAUGCACGGCAAGGAUUGGGCGGAUCAAAUGGAACAAGGUCUUCUUGCCAAUGGUUUGAGUUCUGCAAAACGAAGCAAAGACCAAACGUUCAGAGGCAUCGGGGGCAAGAUCCAGUCGAAGCACGUCCGCAUCUUCCCGGUCGGCAUCUGUGGUGUCCACGGAGAGGUCCACAGCGCUGAGACGCCUGGCAACACUCCGAUGCUGAUAAGCCGCCCUUUCACGGAAGAGCUGGGCGCUGUGAUCAACCUGGGCAAGCAAACUGUGUCCUUCACCACGCUUGGCAUCUACGAUAAGCCACUGCUCAAGACCUCUCGAGGACAUUUGGCUCUGAACCUCCUCGACUUCGACAGCUCCAAGAUGGAUGAAUUUGAAAGCGAAGAUGAAGAGACCAUCCAGGCAUCGCUCAAGUCAACAACUCCGCCGCCAGGUCUUUCCUAUGAUCCUGCUGCUCAAGCCAGAGACGAGUCCGACCCAUUCAAGAAUUGGCUUGAAGAGAUUGACCCCGCCGAGUACACCAACGAUUUUGGCGGCAUGAAUCCCGAUGAUUACUACGAUAUGCAGGACGACCUGGCUACGUGGCGUGAUGAUGUCCUGGGCAUUGAUCCUCUCACCGGCCGACCUUUUGCACAACAACAGAUCCCUGAGGAUCAGGCCGCCGUUUGUGAGAAUGAGACCCUCUUCGCCGACUUUGCGUCCAAACACUGCUGCAUCCGCAAGACCACCAACAAGAAAGGGAAGAAACUUGAGGACAUGUGCCGCUCACUGGAUGGAGAUGACUUCUUCGAACCCUUCAUGGUCAACCGGCGCGAGCAUCUGCAUCAUGACCUCCUCCUUGAGGAUCCCUAUGUGACGGUGAUCACCCAUCCUUGCGGCCCAUGGGGCAAUUGGUCAAAGUUCAACCUCGCCAAGGAUGGUGCUGCUUCAGUUUGGCCUACUCAGCUCAACAACCUGGUCCUCAUGACCAUGAUCCAGCAGGCCGAGAUUGAGAAGAAUGCCUACAAGAAUGUUCAAGAGGCCUAUCCUGCUGAUCCUCAACCUCCUCGCCGACCUCGACGGCAAAGGAGGGGUCGCAUGGCCAUCUUGGCAAAUCAGUUUGACGCUCCACCGGUCUACUUGCGACCUUCUCAAUUAGAACAACCUCAUGUACAAGAAGGCCCUGAGGAUCAAGUCGAUGACGACCAACCUCUUCAAGACCAAGAACUUCGUGAACAUGUCGCUGCUGGGCUUGAUCCAAUCCUCAGCAGACCUGAGGCUCAGCGCCGUCAAGAAUGGCUUCAAGUGGAUCCGGAUCUCCGUAAGGUCCUGAGAACCUUGCAUGUGAACUUUGGUCACCCUACCCGCAACACGAUGAUGAGGAUCCUCCGGCGUCAGAACGCCAAGCCAGAAGCCAUCCGUGCCGCUGCUCAGAUGACCUGCGACACUUGUGGUGAGAGCAUCACUCGACGUCGACCCAAACCUGUUCGACUACCCGGUCGCUAUGUUUUCAAUGACCACCUCCUGCUCGAUGUUUUCUAUGCCCGUGAUGUCUCCAGCAUUCAGUUUUCCUUCCUCAACAUCCUGGACCAGUCCUCUGGGUUCCAAGUGGUGUCAUGCCUUGGAGAAUCAAAGGGACCUCCUGCUUCAAAGGCGGUCCUCAGCUUCGCCGACUACCUGAAGCAAUUUGGAGUCGAGCAAGAGGCCAUGCCGCUUGAGGCACCAUGGAAACAAGGCCAAGUUGAACGUGCUGGCGGUCUUUGGAAGCAGCUCAUGACCAAAGUGGUCCAAGAAAGCCAGAUCCAAGGUCUACAAGACAUGAUCACCGCGACUACCAUCGUCACCCAGAUCAGAAAUGCACAUCCUCGUGCAAAUGGCUAUGCCCCGAACCAGUGGGUACUUGGCAUGCCCGAGGUCCGGAUUCCCGGAUCCUUGAUGGUGGAACAAGAUCAAGAGCGACUUGACCUCAUUGAGGCAGCGGAAGAUCCUCAGUCUGCUAUGGCCAAGAAUCUCUCGAUCAGAGAAGCUGCCCGUGUCGCUCAAGUCAGACUGGAUACAGACAGCCGAGUUCGACGUGCUCUGCUUCACCAGUCAACGCCUACAAGAGGCCCUUUCCCCAUCGGUGCCUACGUCUACUUCCUUCGACAACAAGGUGCUGAUGAACGAGGCUUCAAAUGGAAUGGUCCUGUCUUGCAAGUGAAGAUGAGCUCGUGGCAGUUCACGCCAUCCCUCAGCACAUCAUCGAGCCAGAGUUCACCAAAGGAGCCAGAAACUAUGUGGCCCGUCGUCCUUAUGCCCUCGCAGUACCAGAUCUUCCCGCUGAAGAACAGCAAGGUGAUGUUCCGGCGCCAGAAGAACUACAAGAUCAGCCCGACGGGCCUCCCCCAGCUGCCGCUGGGAAUCUCUCUCCGCUACCACUUGGCGGAGGAAUCAAGCGACCCCACGAUGAACCAGAUGGGAAGGACGAUCCGGUCUCACCGACCAGAGCUCAUCGCACUACAGGAGAACCAGAACAAGAGCAAGGGCAGCCGUCAAGUGGUCCAGAACAACAUCAUGGAGCACCAUCAUCAGCCGGACCCUUCGCCUAUGUCCCAGUCUGGCACCACCCCUGGGCCUUACUUCACUGAAGGUCCUGCCGAAGUUUUCCCGGACAUGAAUGACAAGGCGCUCCAAUCCAAGCUCAAAAGGCUGGCAGAGAUCCAGUCCGAUUCUGAAGUUUCGCAACUCGAAGAUGAUGCACCAGCUUCCUGGCUCAACAAUCCAAAGAUUGAAGAGAUGGCACACGACGCCUUCCUCACUGGUAAGGCCGCCGCUCGCGGGGAGAUUGACAUCUACAAGCUCUCCGAGUCAGAUCGUGCACUCUUCGACGCCUCCAUGGCCAAGGAAUGGGCGUCUUGGCAGAAAUUUGGAGCAGUGGAGAUCCUCACUGAACAACAAGUACAAGACCUACCAGACGACACUCCCAUCGUCGGCACGCGGUGGGUCCACACUGACAAGAACAAGAGGCCACGUCUCCUAGCUGCUGCCAUGUCCAAGCGCACCAAGAAGACUCCCGACCAAAUCAAGAAGGAGUUCCCCUUCGAGGCAAAGUCAAGAAUGGUCGUCCAAGGCCACCAAGAAGAAGGUCAUGAUGGCAUCAGCAUCAGGACAGACUCACCUACAGCAAGUCUCCUGGCCUUCAACCUGAUCUGCUCCGUAGCCGUCCUACAUGAUUGGGCAGUGUGGGCUUGUGAUGCCUCAACGGCAUACCUUCAAUCCUCAGGUAUCAGCCGGCUCCUCAUUCUACGACCACCACGACCUCCACCACCGGGCGUAUCGCCAAUGGAUCUCUUCCGUGCCAAAGGCUCCAUCUAUGGCACGAAGGAUGCAGGCAGAUUCUGGUGGAAGAAGCUCUUCAAGACAGUGCAAGAGCAUGGAUGGCAGAUGUCAAAGUAUGAAGCCGCCCUGUUUUACUUGUUUCAGGAAAACAAGCUCAUCGGUGUCAUGGCUUCGCAUGUUGAUGAUCUUUUCUGCACCGGCACCGGCAACAAGUUUGAGAGCGCGAUCAAGGAGCUUGAAGUGAAGCUCUACCUGAAGGUCCACAAGAAUGACUUCCGCUUCUGUGGUGAGAAUGUCAAGGUCACCCCCAACUCCAUCGACCUGGACCAGUAUGACGCUAUUGAGGGCAUCGAGUUCAUGGUCGUUGACAAGGAGCGGAGGAAGAUGCCAAACGCCUCAUUGACAGAGGCGGAGAAGACCGACUUCAGGGGCUUGAUUGGGUCCCUUGGUUGGAUCACGAGGCAGACGCGACCUGAUCUCCAAGUCAACGUGAGCCUCGCUUCACAGACCAUGGCGAGUCCCGCCGUCAAGGAUGUGGUUGAGCUGAACAAAGCAGUGAAGAUGCCCAAGGACACCUGCGACAACAAGUACAGGUUCGUGAAGCAUCAAGAAAUGACCUGGGACAACAUCAUCGUCGCCGUCUUCGCUGACAGCAGUUUUGCAAACUCCCAGAACAUGAAGUCCCAGUGCGGCUACAUAGUGGUCCUCACCACUGAGGAGAUCAAGUCAGGGGCAAGCGCCCCGAUCAUGCUGCUUGAGACCUACUCCGGGUCAAUCAAGCGGGUCUGCCGCUCGACACUUGCGGCAGAGGCCAACGCCUUUCUCAUGGCGUCUGAGGCUGGCGACUAUGUCCGCUCGCUGCUGAUGGAGAUGAAGUUCCCUGGAACCUCCGUCCAGGACCUCCAGGAGUACAAGAAGGGCAUCCUCCUGGCGUUCACGGAUGCCAAGUCGCUGGAGUCAACGAUCGUGAAAGAUGCAGGACAACCAACAGACAAAAGGGUGAAGAUCCUAGUGGCUCAGAUAAAGGAUCUUCUCGGCUAUGGCUCCUAUGUGGCUGACGAGCAGUACGCCAUCUGGUGCGACACGUCACAAAUGCUGGCCGACGUUCUCACAAAAGCUGGAUGUGAGCGCGCUCCGCUCCUGCAGGCGAUGGAAGAAGGAAGAUGGCAGCAUGAGCCAUCAGAAGAAGCAAAGCUCCGGAAGCUGGGCAUUCGCGCUGGUCGUCAGGGACAAGAGGAGGUGAGUGUCACUGAGUUCUCUGCACAGCAGGUGGUGCGCGUCUUCUACGCGUUCUUCCACGGUUGGCGAUAUCGCCAUGGGUUGCCGGAGAUGGAGCUGACUACCAAGCAGCAGCAGCUGGUGGUGUUGAUGAUCCAAAGCAACCUCGCCCUGGUGAACUCGGCCCAGGAGUUCUGGCCAAGGCUUUGUGCCGAGCUCGGGAGCCCUCGCGACCCGGAGGCACGAGAGCUCUUGCUGGCCUUGACGGGGGUCUUUGAGUUGUAG